GCGUGCUUCCGCGGCCGCCAUUUCGCAUCGCGCGGAGCGCUGCAACCGGAGCCGCUGGAGCCCCCCCGCCAUGGCGACCUCCGUGGGCAGCGUGGCCGACAGCACAGAACCAACGAAACGUAUGCUUUCCUUCCAAGGGUUAGCGGAGUUGGCUCAUCGUGAAUAUCAGGCAGGAGACUUUGAAGCAGCUGAGAGACAUUGCAUGCAGCUUUGGAGACAAGAGCCUGAUAAUACUGGCGUGCUUUUGUUACUGUCGUCCAUUCACUUCCAGUGUCGCAGGCUGGACAGGUCUGCUCACUUCAGCACUUUGGCUAUUAAACAAAACCCAUUGUUGGCCGAAGCCUACUCGAAUCUAGGAAAUGUGUACAAGGAACGUGGGCAGCUGCAAGAAGCUAUUGAGCAUUACAGGCAUGCGCUGCGUCUCAAACCAGAUUUCAUUGAUGGCUAUAUUAAUUUGGCUGCUGCACUGGUAGCUGCUGGUGAUAUGGAAGGAGCAGUACAGGCCUAUGUGUCUGCCCUUCAGUACAAUCCUGACUUGUACUGUGUUCGUAGUGACCUGGGGAACCUGCUUAAAGCCCUGGGUCGCUUGGAAGAAGCCAAGGCCUGUUAUUUGAAAGCAAUAGAGACUCAACCAAACUUUGCAGUAGCAUGGAGUAAUCUUGGCUGUGUUUUCAAUGCUCAAGGAGAAAUUUGGCUUGCCAUUCAUCAUUUUGAAAAGGCUGUAACACUUGACCCAAAUUUUCUGGAUGCUUACAUCAAUCUGGGGAAUGUUCUGAAGGAGGCAAGGAUAUUUGACAGAGCUGUAGCAGCUUAUCUACGAGCCCUGAGUCUGAGUCCUAAUCAUGCAGUUGUGCAUGGCAACUUGGCUUGUGUGUAUUAUGAGCAGGGACUGAUCGAUCUGGCGAUAGAUACCUACCGUCGAGCUAUCGAGCUGCAGCCACAUUUUCCUGAUGCAUACUGUAAUCUGGCCAAUGCUCUGAAGGAGAAAGGCAGUGUGGCUGAAGCAGAGGAAUGUUACAAUACAGCUCUUCGCCUGUGUCCCACACAUGCAGACUCUCUCAAUAACCUGGCAAACAUCAAACGGGAACAGGGGAACAUUGAGGAGGCUGUCCGCCUUUACCGCAAAGCUCUUGAGGUGUUUCCAGAAUUUGCUGCUGCCCAUUCAAACUUGGCAAGUGUUCUGCAGCAGCAAGGAAAGCUACAGGAGGCUUUGAUGCACUACAAAGAGGCUAUUAGAAUCAGCCCCACAUUUGCAGAUGCCUACUCUAAUAUGGGAAAUACUUUGAAGGAGAUGCAGGAUGUUCAGGGAGCCUUACAGUGUUACACCCGUGCCAUCCAGAUAAAUCCUGCUUUCGCUGAUGCACACAGCAACCUAGCCUCCAUUCAUAAGGAUUCAGGAAAUAUACCAGAGGCCAUUGCUUCUUAUCGCACUGCUCUGAAACUAAAGCCUGAUUUUCCGGAUGCAUAUUGCAACUUGGCCCACUGUUUGCAGAUUGUCUGUGACUGGACAGACUAUGAUGAAAGAAUGAAAAAGUUGGUUAGUAUUGUAGCUGAUCAGUUGGAGAAGAACAGAUUGCCUUCUGUCCACCCUCAUCACAGCAUGCUAUAUCCACUUUCUCACAGCUUCAGGAAGGCUAUUGCUGAGAGACAUGGAAAUCUCUGUUUGGACAAGAUCAAUGUCCUUCACAAGCCACCAUAUGAACAUCCAAAGGAUUUGAAGACUAGUGAAAGCAGACUUCGUAUUGGCUAUGUGAGCUCUGAUUUUGGCAACCAUCCAACCUCCCACCUAAUGCAGUCAAUCCCAGGCAUGCAUAACCCAGACAAAUUUGAGGUUUUUUGUUAUGCUCUCAGUCCUGAUGAUGGCACGAACUUCCGGGUAAAGGUGAUGGCUGAAGCAAACCACUUCAUUGAUCUGUCUCAGAUUCCAUGUAAUGGAAAAGCAGCAGAUCGCAUCCACCAGGAUGGUAUACACAUCCUCAUCAACAUGAAUGGCUACACUAAGGGAGCACGAAAUGAACUAUUUGCACUCAGACCAGCACCAAUUCAGGCAAUGUGGCUGGGGUACCCUGGAACCAGUGGGGCCUUGUUUAUGGAUUACAUUAUUACAGACAAAGAAACUUCCCCAGUUGAGGUGGCUGAACAGUACUCUGAAAAACUGGCUUAUAUGCCAAACACUUUCUUCAUUGGAGACCAUGCCAACAUGUUUCCUCAUCUGAAGAAAAAAGCAGUCAUUGACUUCAAAUCCAAUGGUCAUAUUUAUGAUAACAGAAUUGUUUUGAAUGGCAUUGAUCUGAAGGCAUUUCUUGAUAGUUUGCCUGAUGUCAAAAUUGUUAAGAUGAAAUGUCCUGAUAGUGGAGACAACGCAGAUAGCAGUGCAGCUCUCAGUAUGCCAGUCAUUCCUAUGAACACAAUUGCAGAAGCUGUGAUUGAGAUGAUUAAUCGUGGACAAAUUCAGAUAACAAUCAAUGGAUUCAAUAUUAGCAAUGGACUAGCCACUACACAGAUCAACAAUAAGGCAGCAACUGGAGAAGAAGUUCCACGUACCAUCAUUGUUACCACACGUUCUCAGUAUGGAUUACCAGAGGAUGCUGUGGUGUACUGCAACUUUAACCAGCUGUAUAAGAUUGAUCCUUCCACUUUACAAAUGUGGGCUAAUAUUCUUAAGAGAGUUCCAAACAGCGUGUUAUGGCUCUUGCGUUUCCCAGCUGUCGGAGAACCCAAUAUCCAACAAUAUGCCCAGAACCUGGGCCUUUCCCAGAAUCGAAUCAUCUUCUCUCCUGUUGCACCAAAAGAGGAACAUGUGAGAAGGGGCCAGCUGGCUGAUGUUUGUCUAGACACUCCACUUUGUAAUGGGCAUACUACCGGGAUGGAUGUACUCUGGGCUGGGACUCCCAUGGUCACUAUGCCAGGAGAGACUCUUGCGUCACGAGUUGCUGCAUCCCAGCUUACUUGCCUCGGUUGUCUUGAGCUUAUUGCAAAGAGUAGACAGGAAUAUGAGGAUAUUGCUGUAAAACUGGGAACUGACCUAGAAUACCUGAAGAAAAUUCGUGGUAAAGUCUGGAAGCAGAGAAUAUCCAGUCCUUUGUUCAACACAAAACAGUACACGAUGGACCUGGAACGACUUUACCUUCAGAUGUGGGAUCACUGUGCUGCUGGCAACAAACCAGACCAUAUGAUCAAGCCGGUAGAGACAAGUGAAUCUGCAUGAGACUGCCCACGUGGAACUCUCCAGGAACUGAGCCUCGCCAACUCCUUUUUAAAGGGGGGGGGAGCUCAAGACUGUGCAUUUCUACUUAAUCUGCCUGGUACUCUGUGGCUGAAAUGAUACAUGGUGGUGAUUAGAGCACAGCCAGACAUAUUACUUGCAUGAUAGGAAGAGAUUCUAUAAAGACUGCUGGGACCCUUUUAUUCAAUGCGGGACUGAGCUGUGCACAUGUGCUGUAUGUAGGCAAGACCUGGUGCGUGGUGGGGAAAGUGUGAACUGCCCAACCAAUUGUGAUUUUUUUCAUGGAUUGAUUCAGUCGUCCAAUGAAUUAUUUCUCUCCUCUGUGGAUUGGGAAUUGGAGCUUUUUAAUGUUUGAUUUCAGGUAUUCCUGUUGGUAUAUGUGUGGUUUUCCCAUGACAAGAUUUUCAGCUAGUGUAUGUUGCACCCUGCAUUAACUUUUCAACUGUGCAGACUGAAAGGGCGUAUUUGCUGGUGUAGUCUUUUUUUUAUAGGUUUUAUAAACCACUUGAGCCUAUAUCAGCCUUUUAAUGUUUGACCUCUGUUUUUGGAGCUUUCUGUAUUGUGUUGAUUUAGAUGAGGACUCGGUGCGUUUCACGUGGGUUUUUCUUUUUUUUUUAAGCUUCCCUGUAACAACUAAUUGGCUUCGUGAUGGCAGCUCCUAUUCUGUUGAAAAACCAAAUUUGAGUUCAAAUUAAUGCCCCUUCUCCCUCCUCUGCCCUCCAGAGUGUUUGAAGUAAACAAACCUGGUGCCAAAUAAACCCUUCAGGAAUGAUUGUUAAUUAUGUAUAGUGGCACAGUCUUAGGUACUGUAGCAAGGCCUUUUUUUUUUUUCUUUUUCUUUUUUUUUUUCUUUUUUUUUUUAAAUAAAGCUUUGAUUUGCCCAGUUUGAUCUACUUGA